CACAAGUUUCGAUCCAGGUUCAUUUAAGUUGAAUGCGGAACGUAACGACACUGUCAACUGGCCCUUUGUAGGUACUUAACAGUUUCCAAAAAAAAAAAUUGAAUUCACGUUGCACUCUGAUGACCAUAAAGACAUGUCAACAUAAAUGUCGAAUAAAAGAAGAAAGCUUGACUUUCAAGAAACCCGGAUCAACGACCGCCGAACGUCUGCCCAACCAACACGAGGCCGUACGACAACGGACUGUACUUCUGACACAAUUUCUGGCAUCCCACCUACCUCCCGUCUUCCACAUAUUUUACAAACCUAGACACCGCACUAUCAUUGAACGGGAAAAGCAGACAGAGAUAGAUGCCUUUGUCAAUGGGUACCAUGAAGAUGUGAGAGAAGACUUGGACACCAGAGCGACGUCGAGGCUCGUGCCAGUGACGCCGUUUGUCACUGUGUUGGACGCAAGCUGCGUGUCCCGCUGAGUUGGGACUAGAAGUUGGGCGUCGAGGGAAUACUUGAACGAUUCGGCUCUUGUUAAACACAUCGAUUCUGUACUCCCGUCAGUCCACAACCAUCCAGUCAAAAACACAACAGAGAUUGACCCAAGAU